AGACAGACCUGUCAAGAAGACUAUUCCACUCAGUUAUUCUUAGAACAACAAUUAAAUAAACUUCAUACAUUUUUUUGGUAUGCAAAUAAAAGGGCAAUGGAAACUUUAAAAGAUGCAAAACGAACACCUAACCCAUUGAAGGAUGCAAAUUUAUUAUCACAGUUCUUUUUAUGGUACAUGAAUAAAACUUUUUCAUUGGGUAAUUCUCGUCCACUUGAAAAAGGUGAUAUACAUGAUAUAACUGAUGAAGAAUCGUCAGAACUUUUGUCUGAAGAAUUAGAAAGAAUUUGGCUAGCGGAAAGGACUACAAAAAGAAAUCCAAGUUUAUUUUUUUGCCUCUGGAAAAUGAGAGGAUGUACCAUAUUACUUUGUGGUUUUUUGCAACUCAUCUGUGCGUUAUUAAAGGUAUGUGAGACAGUUUUUCUACAACAACUUGUACGAAACUUCUCACAUUCUGAUUUUGGUAAAGACAAUUCAGUAUAUUUUUGGGCAGGUUCACUUUCAGCUUGUUUAGUUGUGUGUUGGUCAUUACAUCACCAGUCAUUUCUUGCUCUGGAAAAAACUGGUACUCGACUGAAGACUGCUUGUAUUGGUAUGAUCUAUAAAAAGGUUCUUCGCCUAAGUAAUCAUUCCUUGGCCAAAAUAACAUCUGGUCAUAUAGUGACAUUAAUCUCAUCUGAUGUACAUAAAGUUCAAGAGGCAUUCAAAUUUUCGAAUUUUUUGUGGAUUUCACCUAUACUGCUAAUAGUUGGAGUUGUUAUAUUAUGGAGGGAGAUAGGUCCAUCUUGUCUUGCUGGCAUUGGUGUGUUGAUUAUCACAGUUCCUAUUCAGAUGUGGUUUGGGAAGUUUUUUGCAUACAUGAGGUCGAAAACAGUAGCUAAGACAGAUCAGCGUGUUAACAUCAUGAAUGAAGUCAUCUCAUCAAUGCAAGUUACGAAAAUGUAUACAUGGGAAGAUUCAUUUGCUGAAAUGGUCAACAAAGUGCGACGUGAUGAGAGCAAUCGUGUUUUGAAAACUGCUAUCGCUCGUUCUCUCAAUAACACCAUGUUCUCUGUCAGUCCGUACUUGGUUUCAUUAGCAACUUUUUCGUUGUUUUAUAUAUAUGGAAGUGGCAUUACACUGGCAAAGGUGUUCCUAGUUUUAAGUAUAUUCUUCACGAUCCGUUUAAGUGUUGUAUUAUUUUUCCCAAUGGGGAUACAGACGCUAACAGAAGCUUACGUAAGCUGCAAGAGAAUUCAGGCUUUUUUACUUGAGAAAGAACAAACCCAGAUUAAAUCCACUACCGCAACACAAACUUACCCUGAGACACCAUCAAAAACAAAAGCUUUAAUACAUUUUGAAAAUGUAACUGCAGCUUGGAAUAAUGAUUUAGAAGAUGUAAUAUGUGAUUUAUCUUUUAAAGCAGAUUCAAAGAAUUGUUUAGUGAUGAUUGUUGGACCUGUUGGUGCUGGAAAGUCAUCCAUCUUAAUGGCAGCAAUGAACGAACUUCAUGUCAAAAAAGGAAACAUCGUAAAAAAUGGAUCCAUAGGAUAUGCUGCACAACAAUCAUGGAUAUUUUCAGGCACACUUCGAAGCAAUAUUUUGUUUGGACAAGUAUUUGAUAAGAAGCGAUAUGAGAAAACAAUAACAGCAUGCGCUUUGAAACAGGACCUAGAAUCAUUUGCGAAAGGAGACUUAACCUUAGUUGGCGAGCGAGGUGUGUCUUUAAGUGGUGGUCAAAAAGCCAGAAUUAGUUUAGCAAGGGCGGUUUAUGCUGAUGCUGAUAUCUAUCUAUUGGAUGAUCCGUUAAGUGCAGUUGAUACGAAAGUCGGAAAACAUAUUUUUGAAAAGUGCAUUAAAGGUUUGCUUCGGAAUAAAGUUGUUAUUCUUGCCACCCAUCAAAUUCAGUAUUUGGAACACGCGACUGAUAUUGUUUGCUUGAAAGAGGACUCCAGUACAGUAGCAGGUUCUUUACACGAGUUGUCCCAGAAAGGUGUGAACUUAAUUAGUAUUCUUCAUCCAGAAUCACAAGAGAAGAGGUGGGAUCACGAUUCAGCAAUAGAAACAGAAGAUCCAAUGCAGUAUGAGCAUAUCGGUGGACAAAAGGACGCCCUUUCAGGAAUAACUUUGGAUAUUGGAGAGAAAAAUAAAGGCCUGCAAGGAUCAGUUCAGUCAUUAAAUAGUUUUCAUAUGAACUAUGAAAUUGAGGAAGAGACAGAGGAAGAAGAAAACAGAAAUCGUGGUGCCAUCCCAGCCAAAUUGUACUGGCAGUACUUCAUACAAGGUGUUGGGUGGAUUGCAACAUUAGCAUUAAUUUUAUCUUUGGUGGCUGGUCAGGUGAUGUUGACUCUCACUGAUUACUAUCUUGCUGAAUGGGCAAGUGGUGAAGAACAGCGCAAUGGAAAUGUCACAAUUACUGCCAAGUUUUAUGUUAAGAGUGAUCCAGACAUUAAUGUAUAUGUCUUCGCCUCCCUCGUUGCUGCCUGCGUUCUGAUGGUUUUCUUCCGCACAACAUAUUUUUAUGCCACACUUGUCAAGUGCAGUCGAAAGUUACAUAACUUGAUGUUUAAAGCAGUUUUAAAAACACCUAUAUACUUCUUCGAUACUAAUCCAGUAGGUCAAAUCUUAAACCGUUUUUCUCGUGAUGUGUAUUUCAUGGAUGAUGAACUACCAUGGACAUUCUUUGAUUUUGCUUCUCUCUCCUUAUUAACAUUGGCGAUAAUCAUAUUAAACUGUAUCAGCGUUCCAUAUCUAACAGUUCUUGUCAUUCCAUUGAUGAUCAUAUUCUUCUAUGCAAGACGUUAUUACAUGAAGAGUUCUCGUGAAUUACGAAGAUUGGAAGCUGUGUCUCGGAGUCCAUUGUACACACACAUUUCUGCAACAUUAGCUGGCAUCACAACUGUCCGCUCGUUUGAUAUUCAAGAAAAAAUUCUUCACGAAUUUUAUGCAUGUCAAGAUUAUCAGACAGGAGCUUGGUUUAUGUUUCUAUCAGGCUCCAGGUGGUUUUCCCAGCGUUUGGAUCUUUUGACUGUUGUCUUCUCGAUUUGCUCCACAUUUGCACCAAUAGUUGCUGCUCCAUACAUAGACAUUGACGCAGGUCUGGCUGCUGUCAGUUUGUCAUAUAUCUUGAUGUUAUGUGGUAUGUUUCAAUGGUCUGUACGGCAAAGUGCAGAAGUAGACAAUUUGAUGACAUCUGUAGAGAGGGUAUUUGAAUAUACAAAGCUAGAACCUGAACCUGAUAAUGGCACAAGUAAGGAUUUGAGAAAAACGUGGCCAGAGUAUGGAUUAAUAACUGGCGAAGGAGCUUCGUUUGCAUAUCAUUCAUCACUGCCAUAUGUUUUGAAAAAAUUGUAUUUCUGUAUUCGACCCAUGGAAAAGGUUGGUAUUGUCGGACGUACUGGUGCAGGCAAGAGCUCAUUUCUGUCCAUGUUGUUUCGAAUGGGUAAUAUCACUGGAACAGUUCGAAUCGAUGGAUAUCCUAUUUCUGAUUUAAAGUUAAAAGAUUUAAGAAAGACGUUAUCAAUUAUUCCACAGGAUCCUAUCAUGUUCAGUGGAAGUUUGCGAAAAAAUCUUGAUCCGUUUAAUGAGUAUACAGAUGCUGAUGUAUGGGAAGCUAUAGAAGAGGUACAACUGAAAGAAAGUGUGAUGGAGUUACCAGGUAAACUACAAACAGAGAUAACUGAAGCAGGUUCCAACUUGAGUGUUGGAGAACGUCAACUACUUUGCUUAGCACGUGCAUUGUUAAAGAAGAACAAGAUUAUAGUGAUCGAUGAAGCAACUGCUAAUGUGGACAUGGAAACUGAUGCUCUGAUCCAACAAACCAUACGAGAAAAGUUUAAAGAAUGCACCGUGCUCACUGUGGCCCAUCGAUUAAACACAGUUAUGGAUUCUGAUCGUGUCAUGGUCAUGGAAGGUGGAAAAAUAGUGGAGUUUGACGAACCUUAUGAGCUAUUACAAAAUCGCACGGGCUACUUUCGCAAAUUAGUAGAUCAGGCUGGUCGUAACGAAGCAAGUAGGUUAGAAAUCCUCGCUGAAGAAGCGAAACAGUUACGCCAUCUUAUGAUACUUCAACAACAAGAUGUCGCUUAUCCUGGUUCUCACAUUACCUUCUCAAGAAACAGAGACGAAAUACUGGACCAUUUUGGCACGAGGGUUAUAUAUGAAACAAGCUUAUAGAAACCAGGUGGUUUGUCUGUAGCAUAUUAUACGACGAUAGAUGAAUUUGGAUAGAUCGAGCUUUUAAAAGAAGUGACGUCAUCGCUAAAAUGGCGAAUUCUCUUUGAUAGUAUUUGUUCUUUUUAAAUGGCUGAAUUAACGUACAGUUCAAAUUUUGCGUAACGCUGUAGAUUAUAUGGUUAUAACAAUGUACAUAAAGAAGAUUUUUAACUGUUUAAGUUAUUUACUUAGUCGCGUAUAUUUUUAUGAUAUAUAGUAACAUGUUUGUGGUGGAUGUUAUGAAGUCGAAUAGUACUCAAAGAAUGUCUAAAAGUUAUCACCAGCUUCCACUUUGCCUUUUCUGUGUAUUUUGAUUGUUUUGAGGAAUAAUUCAACAUAGUGUUAAAGUUGAUAUUUUCUGAUAACAUGUGCUCUUUUUCAAAAUCUUAGUACCCUUGUAUUGGUUCAAACUUAGAUAUGUUUAAUUUUCCGUUGCAUUGAAUGCUUAUUAAGUUUUUUUCAUUGACAUUCUAAUCAGUAAAAAAGGCGUCACAUAAUUAAGUCGCGAAGAAUAUUGGUCAUUUGCACAGAAGUUAGUCACUGUUUACCGACUGAUUUGUACUAACAUUUUUUUGCAAUUUAUAACCUGAAAGAAUCGGUAAACAUGGCUGAUCGGUGAAAAGCCACUACGCCUAAAAUAGUAAAUAAAGACAUUUUUUGGUACGUUGCGCAGAUAGCUAUUCUGUUAUGAAAAUUUUAAAUAAAUUACGUUUACUUCCUUGUGCUAACAUAAAGGUUUUCGCCGCUUUAUUUAGUGGAAGUCACUAAAAAAAGACGAUACCUACCCUUUUCGUAUUUCCUAAAUAAAAACUUUUUUUCAAAUCAUGAGUGCGCAACAGAUAUGGCUGGAGUAAUUUUUAAAGCGGCUUAUAUUCCGUAUUUUUAGUCGCCGCGUUUAUGUAAGCUAUACUUUUUUAUUAAGAUUUUACUGAAAGAUUAGCUAAUGUACAUUUGUAAACAUAUGUUUUAUGAGGGCUAGUUUUUGUCUAGUCUCCAAAGUGGUUGGUAGUUUUAUAGUAUGCUGGAUUUAGACUUGACUCAAUUGAAUUUGCAUAUCGUUUUUGUAUUUGUGAAUUACUAGUUAUCA